AGGGACCGUCCGGCCGCUCCUCACUCAGUUCCACAGCUCCGCAUCGUGCGCUCCGGACACACCUGGGGCCGUGGUGCGCGGCUCCGGGAGUCCGGCUGGAUGCGCGAGGGGCGCGGAGACAUGAGUCACUGGAUCCGUAGGAAGCGGCUCGUUUUGGGUCUGCUGAAGCCAGUGCUGAGCUUGUCCCUGGUCUUCGCAUCCUUCCUCAUGCUCCACAGGCUCGCAGAGAAGGACGCGCUGGGGCUGAAAGCGGGCGGCACCAGAGCCUGGUGCGGUUCGGACUGCUUCUCAUUCAAACACAGUGUGACCACGGAGGGGCCCACGGAGCAGGACGCACAGCGCUCAUCCAACGCCACUGCCGCGUCUUGGGAUUCGCAGGUUUUGAACUGCACCGAGAACGCGUCCUUGCGCUCUCAGGACUGGUUCCGCCGCCUGGACUCCAGGUUCCACCAGUUUGUUCUGCGGAAACAUUGCCGCUACUUCCCGAUGCGCAUCAACCACCCGGAGAAGUGUGCGCGCGGACACGUGCACCUGCUCAUCGUGGUCAAAUCCGUGAUAGAGCAGCAUGACCGGCGCGAGGCCGUGCGUCUCACCUGGGGCCGCGAGUACGAGACCGAGGACGGCAGUGUCCGGACCGUCUUUCUUCUUGGGACCGCGUCCACGGGUAAGGACUCCCGGAACCUGCAGCGGCUGCUGGAGUACGAGGACCGGCUGUACGGAGACAUCCUGCAGUGGGACUUUAUGGACACCUUCUUCAACCUGACCCUCAAAGAGGUCAACUUCCUCAAGUGGUUCAACAUCUACUGUCCACGCACGCGCUUCAUCUUCAAGGGGGACGAUGAUGUAUUCGUCAACACGCACAAUCUACUGGAACUCAUAAAGUUCAAGACCGAGGAACGGCGGGACGAGCAGCUCUUCGUGGGAGACAUUAUCUACAAGGCGGGCCCGAUUCGGAACCGGCAAAGCAAGUACUACAUCCCCAAAGAGUUGUACGACGGGAUAUACCCACCGUACGCGGGCGGAGGAGGCUUCCUCAUGUCCGGGGCUAUGGCGCGCAGCCUGUUCCUUGCCUCGGAGACGGUGCAGUUGUACCCGAUAGACGAUGUGUUUUUGGGCAUGUGCCUGCAGAAGCUGGGCUCUGCCCCGGAGCCCCAUCCGGCCUUUAGAACAUUCGGGGUAACGCGGCGGAAGGUCAGUCCCUUGAACCAUGAGCCCUGCAUAUACAAACAGCUCAUAGUGGUGCAUAAAAUGAGCGUACCCGAGCUGCUCCGCAUGUGGAACAUGACGCACGACGACAACCUGGUGUGCGCGCGCUCCACCGCCAUAUGAGAACACAGAUGCGGGCACGGAACGUCAGCCCGUCACGCACGGACCCUGAAGUGGCUCUGGGACUACGGCCACGUUCACGGUGUCGUUUUAGAGGAGCUACACCUUGACAUGGACCGUGCGUAAUUGUGCCAACGCGCGCAGCUGCGGUGGAAAAAGUUUGGCUCCUUUUCUGAAGACUCCAGCCCACACGGUGCUCCUCACAGCAGGAGGAGUUAGAUCCUAACUCUAACCUGAACGGUUUUAGUUCAGACAUGAGUCAGCGCACUGGACUGGACCCUACUCUGUGCCAUUCAUCAUGAAGUGCCUAUAUGCGUUUUAUUUGGACCCGUUUUGGAGAUUUCAUAAUAAUUAUAAUAAUACAAAACACUUGUAUAGCGCUUUUCAAGAUCCUCAGACAAACGAAAGCAAACAAAAGAAAUAAGAUAGUUCAUGAAAGGUGGUUUUAAAGAGAUGUUUUUUUUUUUUUUUUUUUACAUGGAGUGUGUGGAGGAGUCUCUGAUGUGUUGAGCAGGGAGUUUCAGAGUGGGGGCAGCAGCGGAGAAGGCCCCGUCCCCCCAGAUGUCGUGUUUAGUCCCGGUGGGGGGAGCUGAUAAGUGGGCACGAGCGAGGGCACGGGUGAGGGCGCGGGUGAGGGCGCGGUGGUGCUGGGUGAUGGUGGGUGGUGGGUUUCAGGAGACUGAGGGGAGAGGGACGGAGGGAGUGAUGGAUGAGGAAAAGGCGGGGUUGGGGACAUGUUUGAUGUGCUGUUCACAGGAACGGGUCUGGUCAAAGAUGAUGCCAAGGUUAGGGAGGUGGGAGAAGGAGGAGACUGAGGAGCCGUCAGAGGAGAGGAGGGUAAGGUUAUUUUUGGGUUUUGGUGAGUGUUAUGGGGCCGAUGAUGAUUAUUUGAGUUUUGUUGCAGUUGAGUUGGAGGAAGUUUUGACUGUUGACAGAAGUUUAUUUGCGAGAGUCAAACAGUGGUACGACAAAGAUAUUUCUUAAUGAUAUGGACAGAUGCGGUGGCUAGGUAGAAAUUCAGGAUGGGGGCUCUGUCUCAGGCGCUCAGCCCUGUUGAUUGAAGACCCCCCUCUGUACACGGUGGGGUCUUUGGGCUGAAUGACGCAUAAGGGACACGAGGGUUGGAGGGAGAGGAGGGAGAGCGCGCUGUCAGACGGUGUUGUCUGGAUAGGCCUGUAUAAAUAGGGCUUCUGGGUAAUUGAAGAUGUGGUUGAGCUGAGUUGGAGCGAAGAGAGUGGAGGUUGACGCGUGGUCCUGCUCCUGAAUCUUAGUCAAUCAUAUUAACUCCAUUUUGGUAUAAAAUGUCAUUAAACCAUAACGUGGAUUUGCACGUGCAGAAUGACCCGAGACAUGUGGCAACAACCUCUUUGAAUAAAAUGUAUUUAAAACCA